ACUAAUUUGUCAGCCCUGCCCGCAGCGGGAUCUCCCUGUAUUAUCCAAUGCAGACCGAGUUAAUACGGACCGGAUGUGAUCCAAUCCCACAAACGUGCAUCUACGUAACAAAGCACCUUGACGGAUUUUAUCUUCGAAAUUUCGUAUCACUUCAUAAAGGGAAAAGCUGCGAAAACAUGUCGUAAGCCGAGUUAGAUAUUUGGAGCAGGAGGAUAGGGAAAUUCGACAACUGUAGUUUCUUUCAUUCCGUGGAUUCAAGAGGUAUGGCUAGAAAAUGACGAUAAUAUCAACGUAUCUCAGGAUCAUCGUCAACGUCUUCAGAACAUAAUGGAGUCUUAUAUGAACAGAGAGCCGCUACAACUUGGGGCAAUGUGAAGGACAACAGUAUUAACCUGAGGUAACAAACUGGCCGACCUUAAAAACUAUAUAUAUUUUUAAAAAAACACAACUCAGAAUGCAGUACAGUACUCAUAGGCCUCCUAUAUUCAAGGUCAUUCUCCUAGGGGAAUCGGGUGUCGGCAAGACUUCACUUUACCAACGGUUUCGUGCAAGGGACAUACCUCUGACACAGUGUACAGCACUAGCACUGGACAGCUAUCAGUAUAACAGGCAGUUUCCAGUUGGACCACAGAGCAAACCUAUACAGGUUGAGUUAUGGGACACUGCGAACAUGGAAAGGAUGCACUCUCUCACAGACAAUUACUUUCGGGAGACCACAGCGGCCCUGCUCGUCUACGACAUCGCAGAUAGCCAAUCUCUUCAGAGGCUCUCAUACUGGAGGAACGAUUUAAAGUACCAUUCGGAUAGAACUUUAACGUUCCUUGUCGGGAACAAGGUGGACUUGCCACCGGACACAUACGAGGACGGACAGACGACAAUCGAACACGCGCGAAAAGUCAUGGCGACGAAUUUUGAGGAUUUCCUGGGUGCGUACGAAGUGUCGGCCAAAGAGGACUACCACGUGGAAGAAAUGUUCCAUAAGAUUGGGCAGACGCUGUGGGAGAAUUAUAAAGAUGAACGGGAAAGUACCGGGACUAGAAGUUUGCCAGAGGUACCAGAAGGGAUGGGCACCAUCAAGUUGGGAAAGGACAAUAAAGGAACUAGAUUGAGGUUGUCGGUCAGGAAGGAAAACUGCUGCUAUUGACGGCGUUGAAUUUAUCCUUCAAACUUUUUUUUAAUUAUAUACUGUUAAUAAUGAGACGUACAAUGAUCACUCUCCUCACCUCUGUAUGGAAUAAGCAAGGAAUUAUAAGAGCUAAAUGCAUUGUUAGGACCAUGUAUUCUCAAAUCCGUUCAUUCGGUCAUUGAGUUGUUCACUCAUUUAGAGUGGAGCACCAUAUCAUUUGUCGAAGAGAAAUAACGUUUCGUCUCCACAUACGCAAUUGGUUUACAUAAAGAGGAAUAUCAAUUAUGAACAACGCAACAUGUAUUCAAAUUAAUGCUGGAUGCUUUAAAAGUGAUGGGUCUAAUGAGCGGUAUAGGAACCAGAAGUUAAAGCCCCACUGUCCUAUUUUUAGCUACUUGCUCCCUCCAUAUAGAAAACUUCCCCAAUCGGUGCCUAUUGGUCCAUCAUGAUCCUCUUUUGCUUAUGUUAGUUGAGAGCUGAGUUGAUGAGAUAGCCACCUGUCACUGACCUGGCUGGGUGGUCUAAUCCCUUCUGGCCCAGUAGUAUUGACGGUCUUUAAAAGAUACCUCAACGUUUGUAAGUAUUUAAUUGUAGAACAUGGAACAAGACUGAUAGAUUCGUGUUGAACUUUGUCUAAGACAUUCCACUCAACCACGAAGAUAAACCACGGACCUUCUUACCCAGGCAUACAAUUACGACACUUCCUGCUUUCGUUAUAUGCUCCUUCAUACCAGUACAAUGAGCGUGUAUCAUCCCGACUGAUAAGGAAGGCUGAAAUUAAUUAUCGGGAUUAAACGUUUCGCAAUCGACUGUGGUAGGAAAUUCAAUUUUAAGAAGAAGUCUACAAUUUUGGUUUAUUUUUAACCAUUACAUUGUAAUUGAUGCACCUCGUGUUAUAUUUUGGACGUGUUUACAUGUCUCUCUUUUGCCCACCUCACCAAAGACGGCCCCUCAAAAUUUACUCCAGUCAGAUGCUUCGGGCCAAUUAAUGCCGCGUAACUUUCGUUAAGAGUAUCUUUGUAAGUACUAUUUUGUAUUGUUAUGAGUAUCCAUCAAUCAUCAUUAUGUAUAAAAUAAAUUGAACAAUUCACGAACAAUAAUUAGACGGUUACUUCCUGUACAGCUUCUUUAAAAAAAA